CUCUUCAUCUCUCUGUAUCAGAGAGACGGUUGUUUGAAGGUCGCCGGAGGAGAAUCAUCUCUACUUGUUCUUUGUAAAAGAGUGAAAAUGGUGAAGAAAAAGGAGAGAUCAUCAAAUGUUUCAGGAAAGCCAACACAUUCACUCGAUGUUAAUAGAGAUGCAAGUUCUAGCAAAGGUGGCCGUAGCGCCUCCACUGUGCGGCGGCUCAAGAUGUAUAAAACCAGGCCGAAGCGUGAUAGAAAGGGAAAGAUUCUAAAGCACGAUCUUCAGUCCAAGGAAUUGCCAAACACACGAAUUCAACCCGAUCGUCGUUGGUUUGGAAAUACUCGAGUUGUGAAUCAGAAAGAGUUGGAGUUUUUUCGUGAGGAGCUUCAGAAUCGGAUGUCUAGCAAUUACAAUGUCAUAUUGAAGGACAAGAAAUUACCCAUGUCUCUUUUAAAUGAUCAUCAGAAGCAAGCUAGAGUUCAUCUUCUCGACACUGAGCCUUUUGAGAAUGCCUUUGGGCCCAAGGUGAAAAGAAAGCGUCCUAAUUUGGUGGUAUCUGAUUAUGAGGCAUUAGUUAUGAAGGCAGAUGUUUCUCAAGAUGCAUUUGAACAAAAACGUGGUGCUGUCUCGACAUCUGCUGAUGCUGAUGCAGAGGAUGGGUUAAGGGAUCUAGUACGCCACAAUAUGUUUGAUAAGGGUCAAAGUAAACGCAUAUGGGGGGAGCUUUACAAAGUCAUUGAUUCAUCAGAUGUUGUUAUCCAGGUUUUGGAUGCUAGGGACCCCCUUGGUACACGAUGCUAUCAUUUGGAGAGGCAUCUGAAAGAGCAUUGCAAACAUAAACAUAUGAUUCUUUUGUUAAAUAAGUGUGAUCUUGUCCCUUCUUGGGCAACUAAAGGGUGGCUAAAAGUAUUAUCUAAGGAAUUUCCUACCCUAGCCUUCCAUGCAAGCAUCAACAAGUCUUUUGGAAAGGGCUCUCUACUCUCGGUAUUAAGGCAGUUUUCGCGCAUAAAAAGUGACAAGCAGGCUAUCUCUGUUGGAUUUAUUGGCUAUCCCAAUGUUGGAAAGUCAUCAGUUAUCAAUACACUUCGAACAAAGAAUGUAUGCAAAGUUGCUCCCAUUCCUGGAGAGACUAAAGUGUGGCAGUACAUUACCCUUACGAAGAGGAUCUUUUUGAUCGAUUGUCCUGGUGUUGUUUACCAAAGCAAUGAUUCUGAAACUGAUAUAGUGCUCAAGGGUGUGGUGCGUGUAACAAACUUGCCUGAUGCUGAUGAGCACAUUGGGGAGGUUCUGAAACGUGUUAAGAAGGAGCACUUGCAAAGAGCAUACAAGAUAAAAGAAUGGGUGGAUGAUGAAGAUUUCCUUUUACAGCUUUGUAAAUCUUCGGGCAAGUUGUUGAAGGGUGGUGAGCCGGACUUAAAAACUGCUGCAAAGAUGAUCCUCCAUGAUUGGCAAAGAGGGAAGAUCCCUUUCUUUGUACCUCCUCCUCGCGAAGAUGAAGCUUCUAACAUCGAAAAGGAUGAUGGUAAUGAUAAAGACAAGACAUUAAUAGAUGAUGAUAAAGCAGCAGCAGCCAAGAGAGCCAUUGCAGAAGUUGUUUCUUCCCAGCUUCUUAAGGAUGUUCCAGUUCAGGAGGAUCUCUUCACUGAAAAGGAAUUAAAGGGAGAAUAGAUAUAUCAUCUUUUUUUUUGCAUCAAUACUACUAAAUCAAUACAUUUAAUUGAGACCUAAUUUGUUUUUUGUCAGCUUUUUCUCCUAUUGUUAUGACAUUUCUCUGCAACAUUAUUGUGUAAUUUUUUUCUAUAAGAUGUUUAAAUUUCAAAUCUAAAUCUUCAUCUA